UGUUCUUCCCUUGACAGUGUGACUCCAACAUGGGCUGGUCCCGAAUCGUCGCCGGCCUCUGCGUCCUUCUGGCUCUGGCGUCCGGGGCUCCUUCGUCCACGAGGUCCUCGCGCCGUCGCCUCAUGAGUCCUGCCUCUGGCCCGGAGGACCUCUUGCCGCCGAGGGAGGCGGGGAAAGCGGCCCUGAAGUGCCUGGAGUGCGAGUUGGUGGUCGUCCUCCUGCAGGGGGAGAUCGCCGCCGGCGUCAGCUACGACGCCCUGGUCCAGGAGUCUGUCCGGGUUUGCGUUAACCAAGUGGGGAUGACGGAGACCUUCUGCCAGGGAUACGUUCCUCAAGUCGCUCCUAUCCUGUAUUACAUCUUCACCCACAACAACGUCUCCGCCGCGGACUUCUGCGGGAUGGUCCUCUCCUACUGGGGCUGCACCAGCAACAGCCCCGACCGCGAGUGGACUGUCUCCAUCCAUGGCGAAAAACCUCCUGUGGCGCCGGUGGAGCUGCCCGAGCCCGACGCCCCCAGGCUGAAGGUGCUGCACCUGUCCGACACCCACAUGGACCCGCUCUACAGCCCGGGCUCUAACGCUGUCUGCCCGGAGGAGCUGUGCUGCCGUGAGGAGUCGGGAAUCCCCGCGAGCGAGGAGGCCGAGGCGUGGUACUGGGGCGACUACCGGCACUGCGGGUCGCCGCCCUGGAUGCUGGAGGACAUGCUGGCCCACGCCCGCGCCGCCCACCCGGACCUGGACUACGUGCUGUGGACGGGCGACGUGGUGCCUCACAACAUGUGGUCGACGUCGCGCGAGUGGAACCUGCGGCUGGUGCGGGAGACCAACGCCCUCGUCCAGAAGUGGUUCCCGGACGUCCCCGUCUUCCCGGUCGUCGGUAAUCACGAGAUGAGUCCGCUCGACCAGUACCCGAGCCCCGGCGCCGUGCCCGAGGCGCUCUCGGCGGACUGGCUCUACGAGGAGUUGGCUGCCCAGUGGUCGGAGCUGCUGCCGGCGUUCGACAACUCUACGGUGCUGCACGCCGCGUUUUACUCUGUCCUGGUCAAGCCCGGCUUCAGAGUCCUCGCGUUCAACUCCCUCUUCGGCUACACCCCCAACGUGUGGCUCGUGCAGGACUCCCAGGACCCCGCCGGAGUGCUGGCCUGGCUCGAGGAGGAGCUGUGGGAGGCCGAGGGCGCGGGGGAGCUGGUCCACCUCCUGGGCCACGUGCCGCCGGGAAUCCUGGCCGCGGAAAGGACCUGGUCCAGGGAGUAUAACAAGAUCGUCGUCAGGUACGAGAACGUGAUCCGCGGCCAGUUCUUCGGGCACACGCACUUCGACGAGUUCGAGGUCUUCCACGACGGCGAGCGCCCCGUCGGCGUGGCCUACGUGGCGCCGAGCCAGACGCCGUGGUACGACCUCAACCCCGCCUACAGAGUCUACCACGUGGACGGGGACAGGCCGGGCACCACCAGGCUCGUUCUGGACCACGAGACGUACGUCCUGAAUCUGACGGCGGCGCAGGCGAGCGGCGAGGCGCACUGGGAGCGCCUCUACUCGGCCAGGGACGCGUACGGAAUGGCUGCCCUCACGCCCGCAGACUGGCAGGACCUGGCGGAGCGCAUGGCGGCCGACAGGGGCCUCUUCGACGUCUACUACAAGCACUUCGUCAGCGCCGGGGACCCGUACAUGGCCCUGGGCUGCGACGACCUGUGCUACCAGCAGCGCCUCUGCGACGUCGUCAGCUCCGACAGGAAUGACCUGGACCACUGCUUGAAACUACUGAGGAGCAUGCAGGAAGGACGACAACAGACGCCCGGCGACUUCGAGAAGUUCUCAUAGCAGAGCCCGUCUCCCGCGCCCGCGCUGCGGAUCGGUUGGAUUAGUGGCGUAGUAUUUGAUCAAUAAUAAACAGUGAAACACA